AUGGCGCGCAAUGCCAGAAAUGACGAAAUUAUGGUAGACGCUGACAAAACCAGCACUGUGAAUGCUCGAACCUCAACUGAACCGCGCGUUUUGCGUCUGGAUUUUGCACCGCCUUUUACGCACCAUACUGUGUAAGUCGUUUCGGGGCCCACAAAUUCUGUGGCAUACCGUGUCAAUUCAGGAAAUAAAAAAAUCUUGGAAAAAUCUAGAAAAUGUUUGCUGAUCCUUCUGUGAACGUCGGCAGAGAAAGUUUGUUGCGAAACUGAGUUUGAAAACGCUGAUUCACUAUUAGAGUCGAAGUUUGACAUCAGAUCGGGAUGGAUGGUAUAAUUUCAACUGAAAUUUUUAUAUGAAAAGAUUAGAGGAGUAGAGAAAUUGAAUAAGAAUGGUGGAUUCUCUCUAUUUCGACAUGCCCAGUCAGCUGAAUGCACUUGUUUAUAGAGUUUGAAUACUUCUUCGAUAUUAUCCUUGACAAAUUUGCACUGUUAUGAAAAGGUUCUCUUGAUAUCUCAAAACACCGUCAAUCACACUGCUAUUGAUGUUUAUCGGUUCAUCCGCAAGAGUAAUGACAGUUCCUUCUCCUUGCAGCGGUUUGUUUAUCGCCAAUAAAAACGGUGUUCCUUUGGAGGGAACCAGAUAAGAUGAAUCAUUUCGAAAGGAGCGCUGUAUAGACGAAAGAAGAACGAUAUCCAGCCGACCCGGAAAUUUAAGAGUAGCCGGUAAGCCAUUUCUGAGUUUUCCCGUUUUUGGAAUUUAGUUUUUUUCAUGGGAAGGUCUUCUCAUUCUUCUGUUACGCUAUUGUUAAUGUCAAGUACACCUUCCGUUCUCUUUAUUUGAAGAGGGAAACUGUGGGUUUGAGAUGUUUGCGGUCUCCUACUGUCUUCAUUGAACAUCGCAGCUGAAUAAAUUCUUCCCAUUCAAAAUAUAGAAGAUUUUAAUCGUCUUUAUAUUGUCCAUGCGAUAAUAAUAAUAUGUGUAAUACCCCAAAGCUUUCACAUGUAAGACAAUUUCUUUUAGAAUGUCCUCUUGGAAGGAAAGAAAUGUCUCAACUCGUCUAAUCUGCCCUGUCUUCACUUCAUUCGAUGUCAAAAGUAUCUUAUACAUAAUGGAUCAUUGGAGCCCUCAGAUGGAUCAAAUAGCCGACGUAAAUGUAAGUCAUAGGAUUUACUGGACCAGUAUUGUGCUUUUAGGUAUAUGAUGAAGGUAUAUCACAGUAUAAAUUAAUGGACGAAGCAUCGCAACUCAAGUUUUUGGCCGCUUUGGGAUUGGGAAAGGCGAUGGUCAGAUGUAGAGUCUACAAGGAUGAUGAGUUCGAGCCGCAUAACUGCUUAGAAGAUGCAAAAUACACUUUCGACGUUGGGUUGAAGGAGGUGGAGUCGAGAGCGGAGUUGGUGACAGUGGUGAACUGGCUGAAGGAUCGGGGGUAUCGAUUUAACUCAAGUACCUGA